UUGGAGGGAAAAGCGAGCCAGAAGGUUCUGCGGCCGCUUCUAGUAGUUUCCAGGCGCUGCUGGGUGGCGGGGAGCAGGCGGUGCUGAGGUGGUGUCUGUGGCUGCUCAGACCUGGUGGCGGCGCGACUGUGGCCAGGCAGUACUGAAGUCGUGGCUGUGGUUGCUCGGGACUUGGUGACGGCGCGAUAAGAGAGCCGAUGGCCAAGUGGGGUGAGGGUGACCCACGCUGGAUCGUGGAGGAGCGGGCGGACGCCACCAACGUCAACAACUGGCACUGGACAGAGAGGGAUGCUUCAAAUUGGUCCACGGAAAAACUGAAAACACUGUUCCUGGCAGUGCAGGUACAAAAUGAGGAAGGCAAGUGUGAGGUGACGGAAGUGAACAAACUUGAUGGAGAGGCAUCCAUUAACAAUCGCAAAGGCAAGCUUAUCUUCUUCUACGAGUGGUCCGUCAAACUAAACUGGACAGGUACCUCUAAGUCUGGAGUGCAGUUCAAGGGACACGUGGAGAUCCCCAAUUUGUCUGAUGAAAACAGCGUGGAUGAAGUAGAGAUUAGUGUGAGCCUUGCCAAAGAUGAGCCUGACACAAAUCUCGUGGCCUUAAUGAAAGAAGAAGGGGUGAAACUUCUCAGAGAAGCAAUGGGAAUUUACAUCAGCACCCUCAAAACAGAGUUCACGCAGGGCAUGAUCUUGCCUACACUGAAUGGAGAGUCAGUAGACCAAAACGCUCGGCCCGCACUGAGAACUGAGGAGCCCAGGGUUAAAUCUGCUCCUUCAAAAGCCCAGGCCACACCAGUUGGUGUCAGAAUCCCCACUUGUAAGAUCACCCUUAGAGACACCUUCCUGACGUCACCAGAGGAGCUCUAUCGAGUGCUUACCACCCAGGAGCUGGUCCAGGCCUUUACCCAUGCUCCUGCAGUGUUAGAAGCAGACAAAGGAGGGAAGUUCCAGCUGGUAGAUGGCAACGUCACUGGGGAAUUCACUGAUCUGGUGCCUGAGAAACAUAUUGUGAUGAAGUGGAGGUUUAAAUCUUGGCCAGAAGGGCACUUUGCCACCAUCACCUUGACCUUCAUUGACAAGAAUGGAGAGACUGAACUGUGCAUGGAAGGCCGAGGCAUUCCCGCCCCUGAGGAGGAGAGGACACGGCAGGGUUGGCAGCGCUACUACUUCGAGGGCAUCAAACAGACCUUCGGCUAUGGCGCACGCUUGCUUUAGGGCUGGCAGCGGGAGCUUCAGCUUGCCCGACACUUCAGUCCAGCCCUCUCCUGACUGAGGCUUGACUCACAGGAUUGCACCAUCCCAACCACUAACUUGGGGCCGGGGCCCUUCCCUCCACAUAUACCUUGGGUUUGUGCAUGUUUUCUGCUGGGUGGGAUUAGAGGGCGAUUUCUCUUUUACGUGUACAUAUGCUAAGUAAACGUAAUUUAAAAAACGUG